AUGAUGGAAAACCCCCUGCAUACGUCCACGUUGCCAAAUAAGACUGGCGGGUUGCGCAAGUCGAACUCUACACGCAGUCUUGCUUCCUUAGCUGAUGUUCAGGCGCUGAUUAUUGCUCAAGAUGAGGAAGAGCAGGCACACCAACGGCAAAAAUCACUAGAGAAACCCCCACGUCAUGCCAGUAUUCCUAUGUAUGCGCAAAUUCUACUUAAGUUAUGGCAAUGUGAAUUACAACGUAAUGACGUAAACAUUACGACGGAUUUCUUCUACGAUCUCAAUGGUUCAGAGGAACAAGGUGCGCAACUUGUUGGCCGCAUGCAAGCGCUGGGGUUCAACAUUACCGUGCCGCAGUUUCUAGCAAUGCAUCGAUGCUCUAUCUACUCGGUGUUGUUAGUGGCGCUGUGA